CAAAGAUAAUUUUCCUUACCCUUGUCAUAGCUGGUGAUAAUCUUUUUUCUGUCUCCAAGUUUUAUUUAAGAUCAAAAAUCGACUGACGGGAAUUUGUUUUUUUGGCUGUUUAUUUCGGUCGAUCACGUUAAGAACAAGUUUUACUUUCCUCCUUUUCCAUUUUAUUGAGAUCAAAUCAUCAUUUACACUAAAAAGUUUGCAUUUUCAAUCAAAUAAUAAUCGUUAAGGCAAUUGCAUAAACCUCACAAGUUUUCAAAAAAGAAUUCAAAACAAAACAAUGCAGUAUAUGGCUCCGUGGGUUCCUGCUUUUACUAAUGCUGUAACAAGGCAAUUAGAAACCGCAUCUUUUAUCACAUUUUCAUUUGCUACUGUUGAUUCUAAUGGUGCACCAAAAGUUAGAACGUGUGUUUAUAGAGGCUUCAUUUUCAAUGAUAAAAAAACUAAUGUAAUUACAUUUACAACAGAUAUAAGGAUGGAAAAAUUUGAACAUUUAAAAACUAAUCCAAAAUUUGAAGCAUGCUUUUGGUUCCCAGCAACAAAUGAACAAUUCAGAGUAAGUGGUGAUGCCAAAUUAUUAACAAUGAAUAACACAACUACUUUUAAUCAUGAAUUGGGUAAUUAUCCAUUGAUCUCACCAAAUGUUAUAAAACAAUAUUCAUCAAGUCUGGAUUUAUCAAAUACUGAACAUCACAACACAUCAGCCCCAUCAAAUCCUUCACCGCAAGAAUGGGAAAGUGAAUUGAAAGGUAAAUGGGAAGAUUUAUCAAGAAAUUUGAAAUCAAGUUUUAGAAAACCUGAACCUGGUUCAAUUAUAACACCAGAAAAGCAAAAAUUACUAGAUUCUAUAUCGAGGGGUGUUGAUGGCUCUCAUGAAGUUGAUGGUGCCAAAAACUUUGCAUUGGUUUUGUUAUUAGCUGAUAAAGUGGAUUACGCCAACCUUAAUGGUCAUCAAAGUCGUUAUGUUUACUCAAGAUAUGAUGAUGAUCAAUGGGAUGAAACUGAAAUAUGUCCAUGAACAUGAUGAUUCUCUGUAAAUAGAGAGCACUUACUACCUUUUAUAUUCAAUGAGAAACAAAAAAAAUAUUACAUAGAGAAAAGAUGAAAUGAAAGGAAGAAGAAAAAAUAUAUUUAUGAUGAUGGUGUUUUAAAUAAAUAAUUAUGUUGUUACGGCUUUUUAAUGAUAAUUCACAAAGCAAAAAAAGGAAGUUAUGAAGAAGGAAAAUUGAACUCAAAGGGAAUUUUUUUAAUCACUUUGUUUAUUGAGAUUCCAG